AUGAGCAAGUUCUCGCGCAUCGCACAACAAGGCCAGCAGGGAGGUGCAUAUCCUGGUGCACCAACCCCGCAGCCACCGUACCCCUCCCAACCGCCAUAUCCUCAGCAGCCGCAACAGCCUCCUGCAUCGCCGUAUAAUCAACCUGCGGUUCCUCCCAGACCCGGGGCAUCACCUCAACCCUACCAGACUCCGCAGUGGCAAGCGCCCCAACAGCAACAGUCGCCAUAUGGUCAACAACUGGGGGUGCCGCAGCAACAGGGGGGAUAUCAAUCACCACAGCCCGUCUAUCAACCGUACCAGUCGCAGUAUCAACCCCCGCCGAAUCAAUACGGUCAACAACAAUACCAGCAGCAGCAGCCAGCUGGCGGAUACGGCUAUGGUCAGCAACCUCCAUACCCGGGCGGUCCUACCCCUGGUCCUCCUCCGCAGCAAUAUGGCGGCGGUCCCCCUCCUCAGCAGUACGGUGGUGGCCCCCCUGGCGGCGCCUCUCUAGCUCCGGUCGGCAACGUAAAUGCCUACAAGCAACUUCUUCAAGCCACCAUUCAAGAGAAGGGACUUCAAAACUUUUACCCUCCUGGGCAUCCCAUGCUUGACCAGAUCGCUAAUCGCGCCGGUCAACAAGUCGCUCAGUUGGCCGCAGCAUGGCGCAUCUCUCCUGAAAUAGCCUCGGAUAUUGUCAAGUUGGCACUCUACGACGUCGUCUUGUACAUUGAUGACAGCGGAUCCAUGCAAUUCGAAGAAAAUGGGGAGCGCAUUGAUGACCUUAAGCUGAUAUUGUCGCGCGUCGCAUUUGCUACCAGCCUCUUCGACGACGAUGGGAUUCAAGUCCGCUUCAUGAAUUCUCCUGAACAGGGCAACAACAUUCGUAAUGAGCAGCAGGUGAAUGAGUUGAUUGCGCGCACUCGCUUCUCUGGCCUCACGCCCAUGGGCCGCGAAUUACAGAACAAGAUCCUUGGGCCGCUUGUGCUUGAGAAUGCCCGACGUGGUACUUUGCGCAAGCCCGUCUUGAUCAUCACCAUCACCGAUGGUCAACCUACGGGUGAAAGCUCGUCGGACGUGGCUAAGAUCAUCAUGGCAGCGUCGAGCGAAUUGGCCCGCAACCCGCGGUACGGCAAAGGAGCCCUGGCAUUCCAGUUUGCACAGGUGGGCAACGACUUGAAGGCGAGAGAGUUUUUGAGCAAGCUCGAUGAAGAGCCUUCGAUUGGUGAUAUCAUUGAUUGCACAUCCAACUACGAAGUUGAGGCCGACGAGAUGUCUCGCGCCAACCCGCCCGUCCAACUGUCACCCGAACUCUGGCUCAUCAAACUGCUCCUCGGUAGUAUCGACUCAAGCUACGACGCCAAAGAUGAGAAAUCCAGUGCUAGACCUCCUCAAGGUGGCUAUGGUGGUCCUCCAGGCGGUGGUUAUGGUGGUCCUCCCCCAGGUCAAUACGGCGGUGGUCCAGGAGGUGGCUAUGGACAGCCUCAAGGCGGCUAUGGUGGUCCUCCUGGUCAAGGCGGCUAUCCCCCACAGCAGGGCGGCUACGGCCAACCUCAGGGAGGCUAUGGACAACCGCAGGGUGGAUAUGGACGGCCUCCUCAAGGUGGACCACAGGGAGGAUAUCCGCCACAAGGUAACUACGGUGCGCCUCCUCCACCACCACGGUACUAG